AUGUUGUGUUCUGCAGCAGUGCCGGAUCAGCAGGCAACCAUUGAAGCGAUGGAGCUGCACGGCGCAUCCAGCAGUCGCCGCUCUAGGGACCCUAGAGGGCCUAUAGUAGCGGAGAGUGCAACGGCAAGCUGUCAGGCGUGCAGUGAAUCUUGCUCCUCGGUUCACCUGCAGGAGUCCCACCGUGCCGGUGAUGACAACACAGCUGCAGAGAGGGCGGCCGUAGAGAAGAUCCACCUCCUUCCUGUUUCUCGAGAGGCUCCAAAGGCCUGGGUUUUCGCCGCCCUCACCGGGCUCAUGAAGGAGGGAAAAACGGUUCGCCAGUAUCUGUACCUAAAGGUCAAGCGGCCAAUCAAGGAGUCCAUGGCCUCAAAAAAUAAGACGAUGGCUCAGGAGCAGCGGCAGAAGCCGCAACCGCAGGGGAGGCAACAACAGCACGAGCGACAACAACAGGGACAAGAACACGAACAUGAACAGCAACAACAGUAUCAACGUGACGAGCCGAGCAGCACCUUAGAAACAUCUGACGACGAAUAUACGUAUAUUGUCGUGGCUUGCCUGCCGCAUUCAGGCGUCGUAACUUCCUCCACCGUCGUCUUCACCUCUGGCAGUCCUCUCCAGCCUUUGCGCCGAGUGCAGCUGUUAGCGCUCAUCCACCCAAACAGCGCAUAUGCACGCCGGGCAGGCGUUGCUUCUUACUCGGAGGCGCUGCAGAGGGGGGUUGUGGGAGAAUUCAGUACUAGCAACAACAGCAAUAGCGGCAGCCGCAGAGACCAGCAAAAUCAGGGGCCCCAACGCUUGGCAUUUGAAGCGGCAGGUAACUCCGAAGGCGGCAGCGACAAUAGCAGUAGCGGAGGCGGCGCGGAGAACUCUGCAGGAGCACCAGUUGCAGCUGCGGAGGCAGAGCACCGUCGUCUGCAGUUAGGCUCUCCUUUUGACUGGAGUGUUUUCGACGGUACUGGCGAGAGGCGGCGCAGACGGCAAAGGCCGCCGAGGGAGUACAAUCGGGCUGAAGAAGUCAUUGCUGCUGUGCUUGACGACUCUGACGUGGGUUCGGGGUCGGGCGAGGACGAGUCGGGCGAUGAACAUGACAUGGGUGGAGGUGUCCCGUUCCGUCUUGGUGAUGCCGCUGGGCCUGAGGAAUGUUCCGCGGAUUCCCUCACUCGCCAUCAACAGCAACGAAGGCAGGAGGACGAGCAGCAGGUUCUGGAGCCGGAACAGCCGUUAUUCAGGCAGCAGCGGACUUUGCAGCUGAAUUUCAACUUUUCACCUUCCUUCGAUGACCAACGUAUACGGGGACGUGGGUCUGAGCGCCCAAAGGCAGGAGCCCAGGCAAAAGCAGAGUCCAACUUGAGUGAAAAAGUACUGUUUUAUGACUUCGUGGCCCCUUACUUUCGAGCGAGGAAUGGGGAAGCGUCUCUCCCUUGCUCCCAUGCCACAGCAGCGGACGGUGGCAGCUGUCGAGACACCGCAGUGGUUGUGUUUCCUGGAAAAAAACUGGUCAUUAAAGACAUGACUUUUGUUGUUUGGGCUACAGAUCCGGGCAACGGGCCUGGCUUCGUCUGGAAAGACACGGCUAUUUAUAUAUCUGUGGAUCCGUGGGGCGAGUACAGACGAGUUCACAUACUGCCUUUUGCCGAUACAUUACCAACGACAUAUUCUUUCCGUCUUUUUGAAGAUUACCUGCAGCCAUUUCUGAAGGAGCAGCCGUGGCGCCUGAUUAGAAAGGGGGACAUAUUCACCUUCAGGGGAGUUGAAUUUAAAGUCAUCGCCACGGAACCCUCCACCGUCCCAGUCGCCCGAGUCGGACCAGAAACAGUCGUCCACUUUGAGGGGUCAUUGAACCCUUCCCUCAUCGAUAUUUUGCCUCCAGAUGUCCUCUCCCGUGUCCGCCGCCUUCCUGCACGGGUUCAGCCCUUCGCCAUUGUGGCAGCAGCGCAGUCCUUGGAUCCGCAGUUACUGCUGCGGGUGAUGCCUUCUGGAGGUUUGAGGGGAGGUUCUCGGGGGAUCGAUGAGGGUCUAGAGGCGGCGGUCAAGCGGCAGCUGGUCGGGCCCUUUUGUCUUUCUGAGUACCGACGGCUCUAUGGUCACUUGUGCACGCGAGGCCCUCAGGGGGACGCGCAGGAGGAAACGGGAAAGGACACAGAAGAGGCAUCAGCGGUGGCCACACCGGGGAGAGUACAGAGUCGAUCUGUAACACCGUCGCGUUCAGCAAAAGCUGCAGCAGUCGGGGGGGAGCUGGAGGCACCCUGCUGUACCGUAUGUACAUUGCAGCUGCAAGAUGGCACGGAGUCUGUUACCCUAACCUGUGGUCAUGCCUUUCACUGGGAAUGUGCAAGGGCAUGGCUCCGCUGCAGCGCCACCUGUCCCAAUUGCAGGGCCCAGGUAGUGCUUCCUAGAGGCGCCCCCCGAGAACCAGGGGACGCGAGCAGCAACUCCCAGAGGAAUGUUGGCGGCAGAGGGAGAACGGCACCUUCUCAGCGAGCCGGGAGGAGCUUCAGCGGCACUGACUUUACCAGUAGAGGCGUUGGAUUGGCACUCAUUGCUCUGCGCGAUCGUUACUGCAAGGGCAUUGAUGAUGUUGCCCAUUGA